AUGCCGGAACGAAACGCAACUCUGCAGGCUGCCAAGGCUGAUAAUGACGCUUUGGUUGCUGAAGUGAUGCAACACCCACUUUUCCAUCGCCAGCAGAAUCAGCAGCACGGCAAGGUCUUCUACAUGUGGGGCUUUGUCAAAAACACCCGGCGCAUGAUGGAAAAUCUCGCGGAUAUGCGUCCUGGCGAGGAGCGUGACGAGAUGCUCGGAGACAUCAAGGGACGUUCCUGUUUCGCCUGCAUCCUUUUUGACGACCAGACUGGGAAGCUUGAGAUGAUGACAGGCAAUGGCGGCGAGGAGUUCUCGCAGGCAGUCAAGGAGAAAUCCCGAAGGGCCCAGGAUUCUGCAUUCGCUGUCCGAUUUUGA